AUGGACUCCAGCGCAACCGCUUCGGGCAGCGAUGCCCGGGAGAGUGAAUCGAUCGAGAAGCAGCAUGGCACUGUCGCUGAUGUCCCUACUCGAGCGGAAGCCGACGAGGCCCAACAUGAACAGGCCGAGGACUGGAAGAUCUCGAGGCAUGAACUCUACAUCAUCUUAUCAUUGACAAUCAUCAACAUGGUUGUGGCGCUGGAUGCCUCUGUAAUAGUGACAGCCUUGAACUCAAUCAUAUCUGACAUAGGAGCAAAUACAACCGAAGGCUUUUGGAUAGGAACCUCAUACUUGCUUGCGUCUACAGUGGUAAUGCCACCCAUGGCAAAUGUCAGCGAGAUCUUUGGAAGGGCCGGUUGCCUCAUGGCGUCGCUGGCUCUGUUCACUAUUGGAAGCAUCUUGUGCUGUGUCGCUGGCGACAUCAACGUUCUGCUUGGCGGCCGGGCCGUACAAGGAAUAGGCGGCGGUGGCAUCUGGGUGGUUUCGCUUCUCCUCUUGACCGACAUUGUACCUCUGCGACACCGACCAAAGUGGUGGUCUGUCAUAUCCUUGGGAUGGGCCAUUGGUCUCGUCAUUGGUCCGUUGAUCGGAGGUGCUAUUGGUCAAAACACAACCUGGCGUUGGGUGUUUUAUUUGAACUUUCCAUUCUGCGCCUUUGGUCUCCUGGUUACACCAGUGCUCUUGACCAUUCGACCCAAGGCAGAAACGAAUCAAGAGAAGCUGGCUCGACUCGACUGGGUCGGCGGAGUCCUCUUCACCGGUUCUCUUACAACAUUCCUCUUUGGUUUAACAGCAGGCGGCGUGCAGUUUCCGUGGAACACUGCUAAAAUCUUAGCGCCACUCAUCAUUGGGUUGCUCGGCCUGAUGGGUACCGCCAUAUGGGAAGAAUUUGGCGCGAGGGAGCCUAUGCUCAAGAGAUCCCUCUUCCACGACUGGAGUUCCAUCAUCACCUAUUUUGGAGGCUUCGUCCAAGGUCUGGUCAUGUACGGCCAACUAUACUAUGUCCCCUUCUUUGCUCUGGCCGUGAAGCAGGUCUCACCCAUCCGAGCGGGCGUUAUACUCUUACCUGUAAUGUUGAUUCUUGUCCCAAGUGGUGCCGUAGCUGGGGCUAUAGUUAGUCGGGUCAACAACUAUCGCUACAUAAUUUGGAUUGGAUGGCUGCUGGCGACGCUCUCCAGCGGGCUUCAAUUGCUAUGGACAGCCACCAUCUCAGAUGCAGUUUGGUUUGUCACUCUGAUUAUACUAGGUCUUGGACACGGGUUCGUACUCAACGCGCAGACUUUUGCCUGCCAAGCGUUGGCGAAACAAGGAGAUGUGGCCGCUGCUGCGGCGACAUAUGGCUUCGCAAGGCAGUUUGGGACAGCCGUUGGCGUUGCCGUCGGGAGCACGACUUUCCAGAAUGUCAUGUCCCUGAAGCUGGGUUGGCAAGGCUUGCCGACGGACAUUGCUUCCAAUGCCGAGGGCUACGUCCCUACGCUACACGGUCUACCUGAUGGCGAUCCUACCAAGAGCGCAGUCUUGGAUGCGUACGUCUUUGGCUUUCAGGGAGUUUGGAAGGUGUUUCUCGUCAUCUCUGGGAUCGCGUUCUUCUCAAGCUUCCUCAUACGGCCCUCAAAUCUUGAUCGCGAAAAUGAAACAGAACAUACUCUGGCCAGGAGCCGAAUUGUCAGAUCACCGAAAUGA